CACCGUAACUCAAAACAAAACCCUUUUCCCAAUUUCACAGCGCCAUUCUCAUUGCCCUCUCACUCUCUCUCUGACACCAAUACCAAAACCCACAACCGUAUAAAAACAACAGCGCUAUUAUCAACACAGACUACUGAUCUCAACACCUAUCCAUCCUCAUCAGAAAACCCUAGGAUUUGCAGACUCGCCGCCAUGGAUCCCGAGUCAACUCAGCUCCAGCAAGCGCAACUGGCGGCUGUUCUCGGCGCGGAUCCAUCGCAGUUUGAGAGCCUGAUCUCUCAACUCAUGACGGCCUCCAAUGAGGAGCGUUCUCAGGCCGAGGCGCUCUUCAAUCUCUGCAAACAAACCGAUCCUGAUACCUUAUCCUUGAAGCUCGGCCACCUCCUUAACUCCUCGCCGCUCCAGGAGGCCCGCGCCAUGUCCGCCAUCCUCCUCCGCAAGCAGCUCACCCGCGAUGACUCCUACCUCUGGCCGCGCCUCUCCCCGCAGACGCAAUCCACACUGAAAUCAAUCCUCCUCUCGUCAAUUCAAACAGAAAGCACCAAAUCCAUAUCGAAGAAGCUUUGUGAUACCAUCUCCGAACUCGCCUCCGGUAUUCUCCCUGAUAACGGAUGGCCGGAGCUUCUGCCGUUUAUGUUCCAGUGCGUUUCCUCCGAUUCGCCUAAGCUUCAGGAGUCCGCGUUUCUGAUAUUCGCGCAAUUGUCGCAGUACAUCGGUGAAUCGCUCACGCCGCACAUCAAGCACCUCCAUGAUAUCUUCCUGCAGUGCCUCACAUCCAAUGGUGUGAAUCCUGAUGUUCGAAUCGCGGCUCUCAACGCGGUUAUCAACUUCAUCCAGUGCCUCUCCGGGUCGGCCGAGCGUGACCGGUUCCAGGACUUGCUGCCUGCCAUGAUGCGGACGCUCACGGAGGCGCUGAAUUCCGGCCAGGAGGCUACUGCGCAGGAGGCGCUUGAGUUGCUCAUUGAGCUCGCGGGCACGGAGCCGAGGUUUCUCCGGAGGCAGAUUGUUGAUGUGGUGGGGGCUAUGCUUCAGAUUGCGGAGGCUGAGUCGUUGGAGGAAGGAACGAGGCAUCUGGCAAUUGAAUUUGUUAUUACUCUUGCUGAGGCUAGGGAGCGUGCCCCGGGUAUGAUGAGGAAGCUGCCACAGUUUAUUAGCAGGUUGUUUGCCAUUCUCAUGAAGAUGUUAUUGGAUGUUGAGGAUGAUCCUGCUUGGCAUAGCGCGGAAGUUGAAGACGAGGAUGCUGGUGAAACGAGCAAUUAUAGUGUUGGACAAGAGUGCUUGGAUAGGCUUGCUAUAUCAUUGGGUGGAAAUACCAUUGUUCCUGUUGCUUCUGAACAAUUGCCUGCUUAUUUAGCUGCUACUGAGUGGCAGAAUCGCCAUGCUGCACUAAUUGCGCUCGCCCAAAUAGCAGAGGGUUGCUCAAAGGUGAUGGUAAAAAAUUUGGAGCAAGUGGUGGCUAUGGUACUGAACUCAUUUCCAGAUCAACAUCCCCGUGUAAGAUGGGCAGCAAUCAAUGCAAUUGGGCAACUCUCCACUGAUUUGGGUCCAGAUUUGCAAGUUAAAUACCAUCAAGGGGUGUUGCCAGCACUAGCUUCUGCCAUGGAUGAUUUUCAAAACCCUCGUGUGCAGGCACAUGCUGCUUCUGCAGUGCUCAACUUCACUGAGAAUUGUACGCCUGAUAUUUUAACACCAUAUUUGGAUGGAAUUGUUAGUAAAUUGCUUGUACUCCUUCAGAAUGGUAAGCAAAUGGUGCAAGAGGGUGCUUUAACUGCUUUGGCAUCAGUUGCUGAUUCAUCUCAGGAACACUUCCAAAAAUACUAUGAUGCCGUCAUGCCAUAUCUUAAGGCUAUAUUGGUGAAUGCAACUGAUAAGUCUAACCGUAUGCUUCGUGCCAAAUCUAUGGAGUGCAUAAGUUUGGUUGGAAUGGCUGUUGGGAAGGAGAAGUUCCGGGCUGAUGCUAAACAGGUCAUGGAAGUUCUCAUGUCCCUGCAAGUAUCUCAAAUGGAGACCGAUGAUCCAACAACAAGUUACAUGCUACAGGCAUGGGCUAGACUCUGCAAGUGUCUAGGACAAGAUUUUCUUCCUUACAUGGAAUUUGUCAUGCCACCAUUGAUUCAAUCUGCUUCACUUAAGCCGGAUGUCACAAUUACAUCAGCAGACUCGGACAAUGAAAUUGAGGACUCUGAUGAUGAAAGUAUGGAGACUAUCACUCUCGGGGACAAAAGAAUUGGUAUCAAGACUAGUGUUCUAGAGGAAAAAGCUACAGCAUGCAACAUGUUGUGUUGCUAUGCUGAUGAGCUGAAGGAAGGAUUCUUUCCAUGGAUUGAUCAGGUUGCAGGAACUCUAGUUCCGCUCCUUAAAUUUUAUUUCCAUGAGGAGGUUAGAAAAGCAGCUGUUUCAGCAAUGCCGGAGCUAUUGCGAUCUGCGAAGUUAGCUAUAGAGAAAGGGCUAUCUCAGGGCCGGGAUGUGUCCUAUUUGAAGUUUUUGACUGACAGUAUCAUCCCAGCUCUGGUGGAAGCAUUGCAUAAGGAACCUGACACAGAGAUCUGCGGAAGUAUGUUGGAGUCAUUAAAUGAAUGCUUACAGAUCUCUGGAAUGCUUUUGGAUGAAAGCCAGGUCCGAUCCAUUGUUGAUGAGAUAAAACAGGUGAUCACAGCUAGUUCAAGUAGAAAAACAGAGAGAGCUGAGAGGGCCCAAGCUGAAGAUUUUGAUGCUGAAGAGGUGGAGCUGAUUAAGGAGGAAAAUGAACAAGAGGAAGAAGUUUUUGAUCAAGUGGGUGAGAUAUUGGGCACCUUGAUCAAAACCUUCAAAGCCUCCUUCUUGCCUUUCUUUGAUCAACUGUCAUCAUAUUUGACACCUAUGUGGGGAAGGGACAAGACUCCAGAAGAAAGAAGGAUUGCAAUUUGCAUUUUUGAUGAUGUUGCAGAGCAGUGUCGUGAAGCAGCUGUGAAGUAUUAUGACACAUAUCUCCCAUUCCUGUUGGAGGCUUGUAAUGAUGAGACUCCUGAUGUCAGACAGGCGGCUGUAUAUGGCCUUGGUGUUUGUGCAGAGUUUGGUGGUUCUGUGUUUAAACCUCUGGUUGGAGAGGCUCUUUCGAGGUUAAAUGCUGUGAUCCAACAUCCUAAUGCUCUUCAAUCAGAUAAUGUUAUGGCAUAUGACAAUGCAGUUUCUGCUCUGGGAAAAAUUUGCCAAUUUCAUCGUGACAGUAUUGAUUCAACCCAGGUGGUUCCCGCAUGGUUGAACUGUUUGCCGAUAAAAGGUGAUUUGAUUGAGGCCAAAGUUGUUCAUGAUCAACUUUGUUCAAUGGCUGAGAGGUCUGACAGGGAGUUGUUAGGCCCAAACAAUCAGUACCUUCCAAAGAUAGUUUCGGUAUUCGCUGAGGUUUUAUGUGCUGGUAAAGACCUUGCAACUGAACAAACAGCUGGCCGUAUGAUUAAUUUACUCAGACAGCUUCAGCAAACUUUGCCACCUGCUACUCUAGCUUCUACUUGGUCAUCCUUGCAACCGCAGCAACAGCUUGCAUUACAAUCCAUCCUUUCGUCAUAGUUUUCAUACAUUUGCUGCAUUACAGUUCAUCAUUUCUUCAUAAGCAUCUGGGUUGGCAAUUGGUGUUUCUCUUUGGAAACAAGCUUUUUCCAGUUUGGUGGUCUCUAUUUGUUAUCCAUUCUUUUCACCAUAAGAUGGUUUCCAUCAUUCAUUCUUGCAUGGUGUUUUAUAGCCACAUACAUGGCUUCAGUUUUGAGAAUGCAGAGUCAAUUGUGAUUGAGAAAGGGAUCUUUCUGUAGAAUGUGUAUAUUACAAGUGUUACUGGUGCAAUUGAGUCUUAAAGUGGAGGCUAGACAGUUGAGGGCAUGGGAGCUUCUCAUUCUGUUCCUUCUUUUAUUCUUCGCAUAUUGCGUGAGAAUAUAGGGUUGUCUGUUGGGCAAUUCGUGCAGUUUUGGCCUAAGUGUAUUUUUUUUUCUAAAUUAUCAGAUAAUAUGAAAUGUAUCAUAUGAAAUACUCAUGCUAUUUAUUCAUCAAGGUUGCAGACA